CUCCGCCAAAGAUGUUCUAUAAAGAAGAUGAUGAUAAAUUCUAUUAUGUUUUAGUUGUAUGAAAGAAGGAAAAAAACGUGAAUUAAUUAUCAUUAUAACGGUGUGCCGUCAUUUUAAUUCAAAAUCUCUUUUUCUUCACCCAGCUGGAGUAUUUUUGUUUAUAUUUUGCUCAAGGCACAUGCAAACUAGAACUCGGAGCCGCACCAAUUGCAUUUGAAAACGUCACUUGAUACGGAAGUAGUGCCCGCGUGCGAGCGUGAAUACCACGUUACAAAACCGAUUACUCAAUCCAGUUGAAUGAAGGAAUUUUCACAUUUUUAACGUGACGGAACAUAAUUGAUCUUCUGACUAUUGUUUGUGGGCGUGACCCCCUGUCACGAUGACAUGAUGGUAGACAGUUCUAUAAUGCACAUCCAACAAUGAAGCAAAUUGUGAGCUGAGCCCCAAGAUGAUGUUUCGACUCCAGCGUGUGAGCACCUGCUUUCGAAGGUUACUUCACAAGGUCCCUGUAAACCACGAUCAGGUUCUGGAUCAGUUGCGCAUCUGUUCUGCCGAAGACCAUGUGUUUGACUUGGUGGGUAAGAACAAGGCCAAGCUCACUGUGAACCACGUGGGUUUGGCCGUGAAGAUGCUGUGGUAUUUCCAGAAAGAGAAACCGCAAUUGCUAAGAACAGUUCAUCUCAUCAAGAAUCAUCCACAGUUCCUGACACUUCGGGUUCUGGCUGAGAACAAAAUUUCUCUCAUGGAUGACUUUAUGUUGGUGGACUUACUGUAUAGUUUCCUCAGGUUGAAUGUAGAUCCUCAUGACUCGCUUGUUCAGCAUUUGGUUUCAGAGGCUUGGUUAAGAUUAGACAAACUUCCAUUGACUUCCCUGUCCAAGUUUGCCAUUUGCCUUAGUGAUCAGCAACUUCAACAAAGUCCUCUCAUGGGCCACAUCACAAACAUUGUGGAUCAGAAGUUGUCGUCCAUCAAUGAUGCCAGAAUCCUAACGACGUUACUGAUUAGCAUUUCAUCCCUGGUGUCUCCCCGUCUACGGGAUGCCUUGAUUAGUCGAGCGGACCACCUCAUAGACAAGAUGGACCCGUCAAACUACAACAACGCUCGCAGAGUGGUGCAAUUCCUGCGCAACAGCAAGUACAGCCACAGGCCUCUCCUGGAGAAAUGCAACCAGAUCUUCUUGCGCAACAUUCCCAGGCUGGAGGCGGAAAACAUCAGCAUUUUUAUGGGGCUGUAUCAGUCGCUGCAGUUCAACAACUGCGACUUCAGGCUGGCUGUGAAACUACGGCUGAUGGAACUCAUCGAGUCGAGCACGGAGCCCCUCUCUUUUACAAAAUUGUUUGCUGCUCUGGCACCCAUGGCCAGUCAGGAGAUCAGAGACGGGUUUGUUGUGGAAAACCACACAAUUGUAAUUUUUUGUACCAUUUCUGAUCAAUGUGCUUGUUUUAUGGCUUGCAGUUUGGAGAGCACGGCGUUUCUCUUGGCUGAUGAGUUGAGCGCGCAGCAGGCGUUGGCCAUUGUUGAAACGCUGGAGGAGAUUCAGAGUAGGAACCUCAGCUUGAUAAACAAGAUUGUAACCGUAAUCCAAAGAAACCUCGACAUCUACAAGCCCAUGGAGAUCGGUAGAAUCACCCAAGCCCUUUACCAGUUGCAUUAUCCAAAUCCACAACUCUUUGCCAAACUAAGAAGCAUCUUAGUCAAAUUCUUAGAGUGCAGCGUCCUCCCCUACGAAGUGACCAUGUUGACCCGCAUCCUGUCCAUGCUUCCUUCACCGCGCCUGGAAGAAGCCGUGAUCUCGCGGGUGGACGCAGUGGUGUCCCAGUGCAACCUCAACGACCUCAGUAGUAUUUCCUCAGCCGUGGCCAGGUGGCUUCGCAACGGCCCGUCGUCCCGCCACGGCGCCCCCGGCAGGUACGUGGGGCUGCUGCAGAGCCUCAACCGCUGCGGCCAGCAGAGGCUGCAGACGGCCGAGCGGCUGGACCUGCUUCUCGAGGAACUCAAGAACAUCUCGGGGGAGUGGUUUGAGGAAAUGUUGCUGGACGACACCGUGGCUACGCUACGGAGAAUGAUGGACCAAAUCAACUGGACCAACGUGCCAGAUUUGUCCAUCUUUUUAACUAGAAUAAAUUAUCACUGUCCUCCCUUAAUGGAGCGUAUCGCCGAUGUGGCUAUUCAAGACAUCGACAAGAUUCACCACUCUGCAACGUAUGCCACCCUCCUUCCAUUUUCUAUCCUCAAUUAUGAUUCCGAAAAGGCGGAAAAGUUAUACGAUGUUUGCGUACAGCGCUUCACUCCUCAUAUCAGAUCCUUUGACCCUCAUAUACUAGUUCUGCUGGCCUAUAACUUGUCGGUAGCUGCCUGUUUUCCCGAAGAACUACUCAAAGAAAUCUUCAGCAUAGAUUUUCUUGGAAAACUGGACACCCAGCUGGAAAUGCUACCUGAUGCCCUGAACAUGCGUACUCGGCUACGUCUCAUGGAGCUCAACCGUGCCGUGUGCCUGGAGUGUCCCGAAUUUCAGGUGCCGUGGUUCCACGAGCGCUACUGCCAGCAGAUGCAAAGGAAAGGGAACGGGGCUAUCAAUCCUGUACAGAAGCAGAUCCACAAAAUGUUGGGCGAAGUUCUGGGUGGGAUUAAUUUUGUCCGCGUUGCAGAGGUCACGCCGUAUUUUUACACUGUAGACUUUGAAUGCCUUCUGGACAAGCGACUGCAGCCGUUGCCUUACAGCCAGCCGAGUGCUUUGCAGAUCUCGGACGGAGGGAAGAUCCACUGGGAUUCGAACUCACUGGACGACAUCAGGAACGAAAUUCCACCGGGAGCACAACGUGUUGCUAUCAACUUCAUCGAUUCCAAGUCCUUCUGCAAAAAUUCCCAGCAUAUAAAAGGGGAGGCCCUAAUGAGGAAACGGCAUCUUGAAAUUUUGGGAUAUUGUGUUGUUCAGAUCCCUCACUUUGAAUGGAACUCAAUGGAGCUUUCAACACUGGAUGCGUGGAAGGAAUACCUCAAAAAGAAAAUAUUUACAGAGCUUUUGCCUUAAAGGAAUUAUUUAUUGAAAUAACAGUUAUAAAGUCAACACUGUUCGAGCCUAGUCAUCAUUUUACAGAAGUACCAUCAAGUGCUACUUAUUUAUAUUCAUCAUGUCGUGGAUAUUUGCUUUCAUAGAGUAAAAAAUAUUUUUUACAAGA